AUGGAGCUGAUGAUUCUCUGCACAGAUUUGGCGAAUACCUUUAAACGUAGUUGGCACUCAGGGCCAAGGGAGUUUGAUUCCAUAAAUGAUUUCGAAAGAGAAACUCUGGACGACGAUGACGACGACGAUGACGACGACGACGACGAGUCGUUGGAUUCUUCCGCCAAUCGCGGUCCCAUCGGAGGCCCCUUCGAGAAGGAAAAGAUCUUGAGGACCGCCUUGGUUGCAGUCUCGAAGAGAAUGGGCGAAAGCUUCUACUGCUGGUUCAAUCUCGGCCUCAUGUACUUUCGGAAUCAAGUCUACACGAAAGCCAAGGAAGCGUUCAAGAGAUGUCUCGACUGUCUCAAGGGCUACAAGCAACCCCUCAAGCUCAUCAACGAGAAGCGAUACGUGACGCUCGAGGCUCGGGUUAUGUCGCUCCAUGCACAGUGUUGCAUAUACGAGUUGACGUUGCCAGGGAUGGUGGCUACAGACGAGCACAACCCUGUAGAUGUCCAAGAACAAUUCAUACAGGCUACCAAGACUGAUAACAUGCAACCAGACAUUUGGAACAACGUUGGGCUCUUGCACAUGUCUCUGGAUAAGUUUGAUGGCGCAAAGAUGAUUUUCCAGCCUAUCCUCAUGAACUUCACGCAGUACAAUGACGCGAUUUCAAACUUGGGGCUUUCACAUCUUUGUAACGGUGAACUUACUGAUGCUGCAAGAAGCUUUCAGACUGUGAUAUUGCGAGAUUCUUCCCAUCUUGAGGCCUUGAACAACUAUGGCGUCCUCCUACUUCGUCACCGGAACUACAAGAACGCGAUCGUUUUCUUCGAGAAGGCAACGCAGAAGCCUGCCAUUGAGCUCGAUCCUGGACAAUCGUAUGUGUGGAGCAAUCUUGCAUGUGCUUACAGCGCGGAGGGGAAGUUGAACGAAGCUGCUCGUGCGUUCAGACAAGCGAGAGAGCUAGACGACACCAACGUACAGGCAACAUGCAACCUUGCCCAUCACAUCACGUGGAUGGUACAAUCUGAGGCCGACCCAGAAGCGCGCGCCAGGAAGCUGGAGCAAGCAGAGCACAUGUACUCAACUGUACUCUGCGAUCAGAGCAGCAGCGUACAAGCCUGGACAGGCCUUGCUGCGGUGUUCAAGAGUCAGUCUGAGAUGGCAACAUCGGAGGAGAAGCGUCGGGAGUACAAGGAGCUUGCACUGGAAGCAUUUUCUCUGGCCAUUGAAGCGGAUUCGAGCGAUCCUGUAGUUUGGUCUCAGAUGGGGAUGUUGUGCAUGGGAGAGGGAGAUUACAAGAAUGCAGAAACUUUCUUCAAGAACAGCAUCGAAAAGAGCAAGCAGAUCAGAAACGUUCAUCCGAUCCUUGCAACUUACUGCAACCUUUGUGUAACAUACCAGCUCGGCGAGCAGUUUGCUGAGUCAAACAGCCUGUACCAGAAGGCGAUAACGCAUUUCAAAGACUCUUACAUCCUGUACAACAACCUCGGCAACUUGUAUCGGCAGAUGAGUAAGUUCGAUGACGCGCACAAGGCCUUUGACCUCUGUCUCCGCUUGAAGCCGGACUACGCCAUCGGGCACAACAACUUGGGCUUGUUGUUCAUCGCUGAGGAAAAGUUUGUGGAGGCGAAGGUGGAGCUGCAGACAGCGCUAGCGAUUGACAGCGGGCUUGACUGUGCUAAGAGCAACCUCCUCAAGCUCGUGGAACUCGAGAAACGGAGGAUGCGUGGCAACAGCGGGAAGCAGCCGGGCAAGAGCUGA